AAUUCCAAGAAAUAAAGAAAUCGUGCUGGCUGAAGAAGAUUAAACAAUUAAGUUAUGGCUUCACCGUCGUUUUUGGUCUCAAACAAUACCCGCAUAAUCAUGAAUAUCGUUCCUGCAGUCUCUUCUUCAACUUCAUGCAUAUUAUCAUCAGUACAGGAACGUAAAAGCCUCCUCUGUUUUCCAUGUUCUAAUAAUUCGUGGAUUUGCAAACAAGGAGUUUCUUCUAAUAUUUCAAAACCUGCAUUUUCUUCUUGUUCAUCAAGCACGUUGAAUUGUGGUGAUGAUGAUAUGGUGGUGGUGGUGGAAGAAGAAAUGGACAAAAUUCGACGGCUGCAAAACGGGUCGGAUGUUCGGGGAGUAGCAUUGGAAGGUGAAAGGGGUCGGGAAGUGGAUUUGACACCUAAAGCUGUAGAGGCAAUAGCGGAAAGCUUUGGGGAUUGGUUAAGGGAAAAGACGGCUAAUGUUUUUCUAAAGGUUUCUCUAGGAAGAGAUCCUAGAAUAUCCGGCGAGGAAUUAUGUGCAGCGGUUUGUGCGGGUCUUGCAAGGGCUGGCUGCUCGGUUUAUGAUAUGGGAUUGGCUACCACACCCGCUUGUUUCAUGAGCACUGUGUUGCCUUCUUUUACUUAUCAUGCUUCCAUAAUGAUGACCGCAUCUCACUUACCAUACACGCGCAACGGCUUGAAAUUUUUCACGACCAAGGGAGGACUGACUUCACUAGAAGUGGAGAAUAUAUGUGAAAGGGCGGCCCAAAAGUACGCCAACAGUAUUAUUAAUAGAAAUGGUCAAUCAAAUUCAAAUGUAAUACCUGAAAAGGUAGACUUCAUGAGAAGCUAUGCCCAACAUCUUAGGGACAUUAUCAAGGAGAGGGUUAAUCAUCCCUUACACUUUCACGCACCUCUUAAAGGAUUUCGGAUAAUUGUAAAUGCUGGAAAUGGGUCAGGAGGAUUCUUCGCAUGGGACGUUCUUGAGAAACUUGGAGCAGACACAUCAGGAUCUCUCCACCUGAAUCCGGAUGGAAUGUUCCCAAACCAUAUCCCGAAUCCAGAGGACAAGACGGCCAUGGCCAUGACCUCAGCUGCGGUCCUUCAAAACAGCGCUGAUCUUGGCAUAGUCUUUGACACGGACGUGGACCGUAGCGGCGUUGUGGAUUCUGCUGGUAACCCCAUAAACGGGGACAGACUCAUCGCCCUUAUGUCAGCCAUCGUUCUCAGAGAACAUCCGGGUACUACGGUCGUGACCGAUGCCAGGACCAGCGUUGGCCUGACCAGGUUCAUUAUGCAGAGAGGAGGGAACCAUUGUUUGUACAGAGUCGGGUAUAGGAAUGUGAUUGAUAAGGGAGUUUAUCUCAAUAAAGAUGGGGUUGAAACCCAUCUCAUGAUGGAGACUUCUGGACACGGGGCUCUAAAAGAGAACCAUUUCCUUGACGAUGGUGCCUACAUGGUGGUGAAGAUAAUAAUAGAGAUGGUGAGGAUCAAGCUAGAGGAGGAGGAUAUUGGGUCAAAAUUAGAUGGAAUCGGUAGCCUUAUAAAAGAUCUGGAAGAACCUCUAGAGUCGGUUGAGCUGAGGAUGGAUGUAUUUGUCUCCCAACCCAAGCAUGCAAAGGCUAAGGCGGUUGAGGCUAUAGAAGAAUUCAGAAACUAUAUCGAGCAAGGCAGAAUUCCUGGAUGGGAAUUGGAUUCUUGUGGAGAUUGUUGGGUAAGUGAAGGAUGUCUAGUCGAUUCAAAUGAUUCUCCUGCUGCCAUAGAUGCUCAUAUGUACAGGGCUAAAGUUUCUGAUGAAAUAAAUGGAAAAUGUUAUGGUUGGAUACACCUAAGGCAGAGCAUCCACAACCCAAACAUAGCUGUCAAUCUGCAGUCCACUAUUCCUGGCGGCUGCAAAACCAUCGCUAAAACUCUUAGACAACGGUUUAUCGAGCAAGGCCAGAUGCAAACGAUCCUAGAUACUAGUCAAAUUGAUAAAUAUCUUUCAACUUGACAAUUUGAUACCAUAAUCUAAUUGUUUCAUGUAAAGCUAGAUCGUGUAUGUUUGGAUGAAUACGUCAUUGUAUUAAUCACCAGACCAGAAUGAUAGUAAAAAUUAUUACAC